UCCCUUCUUUGUUUAUUUGUCAAUCGGUUGCUGAGCUCAUCAGUGACUUGACUUGUCCCCUCCGAAUCAAAUUUCUUCUCCCACCUCCAUAUGUCUCUGCAACUCUCUCCGGUCAUCGGAAUCCAUCCUUCCCGUCAUCGGAGGAACCAUCCGCCGUUACCAAUCGAAAACGGAAGAUAGCCGAUCCAAUUCCGCGUCGUUUCGAAUGUAGAUUCGCUCAAAAUGGACACUCGAAUCGCCUUCUCGGAUUCCAACGACGUCGCCGGCGGAGGAAGCAGCAGCGGAAGCGAAUUGACGCUGUCCUUAUCGACGGAUCAGUUGCCGCCGGACGUGGCGGCGCUCAAACGCUUAUCGGAAACUCUGGAAUCGAUCUUCUUCGACGGCUCUUCUCCGCCGGCUUUUGACUUCUUUUCCGACGCGCGGAUGGUUGUGGAAUCCGGAAGAGAGAUUCCGGUGCACCGGUGCGUAUUGUCGGCGAGGAGUCCUUUUUUUAAGAACUUGUUUUUGGACAGAGAGAGUGAUGCGAAGGUGGAGAUGAAGGAGGUGCUGAAGGAGUAUGAGGUCGGGUUCGAUGCGUUGUCGACGGUGCUGGCGUAUGCUUAUAGUGGAAAAGUUAGGGUUUCCGGCAAGGGUGUGUGCGAGUGUGUUGAUGAAGACUGCUCGCAUUUGGCGUGCAGGCCGGCGGUAGGGUUUAUGGUGGAAGUUCUGUACGCCUCUUUUGUGUUCCAGAUCAAUGAAUUGGUGUCAAGGUUUCAGAAAAAUCUGAUGGACGUCCUUGACAAGGCGACAGCCGAUGAUGUAUUGAUGGUUUUAUCUGUCGCAAGCAUGUGUGGCACACUUUGCCAAAGUUUGGUUUGCAAGUCUAUCAAUAUUGUUGCAAAGUCUGACCUUGAUAUUAUUACUCUUGAUAAAGCAUUGCCUCCUCCUCUUGUGAAACAAAUAAACGAAUUACGGUUAUCACUUGGCAUACAAUCACAUGAAAGCAACACUUUUCCUGAUAAACAUAUUAAGAGGAUACACCGAGCUUUGGAGUCUGAUGAUGUUGAGUUAGUCAGAAUGCUACUCAAAGAAGACAAUACCAAUUUAGACGACGCAUGUGCACUGCACUAUGCGGUCGCUUACUGUGAUGCAAAGACCACCACUGAGCUUCUUGACCUGGCAAUUGCUGACAUAAAUCUCAGGAAUCUGAGAGGAUAUACUGUGCUUCAUGUAGCUGCAAUGAGAAAAGACCCGAAAAUAAUAGUCUCUCUGUUGACUAAAGGAGCUAGGCCAUCUGAUCUCACUGCAGAUGGCAGGAAAGCCCUUCAGAUCUCCAAGAGACUUACAAGAGCUAUUGAUUAUUAUAAAAAUGCAGAAGGGAAAUCUACUCCUUCGGAUCGGCUUUGCAUAGAGAUUUUGGAACAAGCGGAGAGACGGGAUCCAUUAUUAGGAGAGGCUUCAAUGUCUCUUGCUAUGGCUGGUGAUGAUUUCCGCAAGAACCUGCUUUAUCUUGAAAAUAGAGUUGCAUUAGCCCAAGUUCUAUUCCCCAUGGAAGCUAAAGUGGCCAUGGAUAUUGCUCGGGUUGAUGGAACUUCCGAAUUUCCAUUGAACGGAACCAACAAAAAUAUGUCUGUUUCUCAGAGGACUGGGGUGGACUUGAACGAAGCACCUUUCAAGAUCAAAGAAGAGCAUCUGAAUAGGCUAAAAGCCCUCUCCAAAACCGUGGAACUUGGGAAGCGCUUCUUCCCACGUUGCUCGGCUGUAUUAAACAAGAUCAUGGACAGGGAAGAUUACACCGAGAUAGCUCAGCAGGGGAAUGGCUCUGUCAACGAUUGCCCUUUGAAAAGGCAACGGAGACAGGAGCUCGAAGAAGUUCUGAGCAAGGCGUAUACAGAGGACAAAGAAGAAUUAGACCGCGCAACAAACCUUACAUCCUCGUCAUCUUCGUCUGCGCCGAUAAUAAAAUCAAACGGUCUGACAAUACGAGUCACAUUAGGCGAACUAUGUGUAGCAUGAAAGACCCAGAGACAUCAGGGGUUUGAAACCGUGACCGUCAGGCCAUCUGUUACAAGUUACAAGACAAAUUAGAUAAUGUAGUUUUAGAGUUGCAAUAUUAAACCAUAAAAUAAAAAAAUAAUAAUAUUAAAAAAAAUUAAAAAAAUUGUUGAAUUACUUAAGAAAUAUGUUGAACAGUGUUAUGUUAUAUGUCCACUUAUUGAGUAAUACAAAACAAAAAUAUGGGUCAUGGCGGGGGUUAGAGUUCUGAUUUAAUAUAAUUAGCAUAUAUACUAAUGUUUUAUACCUGUGUUGUGUGUUAUAUGUUCAUAUGCUAUCUAUAGUAUUUUCAUGUGCUGGUUGGGACAAUCAACAUGCAACAUGCAAAAUUUGUUGAACCAUAUGUAAAAUAUGUUAAAAUCAAGUCAUAUUAAUAGUUUAUGUGUUGAAUAAUAUAUCUUAUAAACAAAGUAUAAAAUCAAGUAGAAUUAUGUUAUAUUGAGAGCGCUAACGAAAUAUAAAUUGGCAUCCUAUGGCUUGAACUAAAUCAGCGUGUGCCGUGUAGAUUGUUAUCGUCUAUUGUCAGUAUAUAUUAUACAUAUGUGUUGCGUUAACAUGCACCUUAUGACUACCGCUAUCAUUUCAUACACUGUAUUCAUUAUAUGUUAAGAUGCACUUUGUACAGUCAGUUUACAUUUCAUAUGAUGAUUAUGACUAAUUAGUACUCUAAUAUUCACCAUGCUAUCCUAGACAUGAAUAUGAAUAUAUAUAUAUAUAUAUAGAACCACAUAUACAAAAUUUGAAUCAAAUAAUGCAUGUGCCUUCACUCUCAAAACUUCAAUAGUCUCUGUCUUAACGGAAGACUUCGGCGAAUGGGGAAAAAUAGUCAUGUUGAGAAUAGUAAUGCAUUUAGUUUGUUUGAUAUAGAGCUAUUAAACGAAUUGAUCAAGCUCGAAUAUCUGUUGUUACAGCUUGCUUUGAACGCGCUAUCAGUACAUACUCAGCUUUACUCAUUUGAGAUUCGAACUAAAAUGAUGGCUCGAGCUUAAUUUGCAAAGCUCAAACUUGAGCUUGAGCUCGGCUCACAAAGUUCGAACUCGAGCUCGGAUACAUAGUAUAUAUUUUUUAAUAUAUAAAGUAAAUAGAUAUAAUCUUAUUCACAAUUAUUAUAAUGAAAUAUUAAAAUUUCAUAAAUAAAUGUAAGUUUUGAUAUAAAAUUUUAUAUAUUACUCCCUCUGUCCCGGGUCAGAUAACCUUUUUACUUAGGGACAUUUUUAGGUAGUGUAAAUUAGUAAGUUAUUAGUA